AUGACCAUAAUACCAAAAUCUGAAGCAAUUACUUGGGACAUCACUAACAGUAGUGCAGAAUAUACUAGAUUUAUUAAUAAAAAUGACCCUAAGCCUAUCUUUAUUGCUGCUAGUAUAUGCAUUAUAGUUUUCCUGGGAUUCAUAGAGCCAAGACAAACACCUGCAAGUUUUGAUACAAAAUGGAGUAUAAGCUACAAUACCUUAUUAAGUUCCUUCCACGGAUUAACAAAAAGUAAAUUUGAUAUUCAAGCUUUUCCCUUCAUGACGGCAAGACACAACACUAGCAGGCCAUCAGCUGUUCCGCCGGAGAUGCAUCUUUACAAUGCUAAAGAUAGAGUAAGUAAACUGCAUAAUGAGAAUGUUCUCCUUAAGAAUAUAACCUGGAAUUAUACCACCUCUGGAAAUCCAAUGCUGAGAAGCCGAAAAAUUUGUUUUCUCAAGAUGUUAACAAACUCUGCAUUUGUUUGUUGUCAGCAUUUGUCAUUAAGAUAUACAAUUCACCGUUACUUUACGUCGAAUUCAUCUUUGCAUUCGAAAUCUGCGGCGAAAUAUGCUAGGAAAUUCUUCGCAGGAAAUAAUGGAAAGAAACGUAUAUGGCAUGAUGGCAGAAUGAUGGCCAACCCAGGAGGAUUAAGCCAACCCCAGGCAAAAGGAGAAGGAAAUACACAUAGACUGCAAGUUCUGAACAAAGUUUUCUUAGAAAAGAUCAGUGACAUGAUGGCAACAGGAGAGGUCUCUUCACAACUCUCUGGUCAUGGAGUGGAAAUAACAAAGGUGCAAGUACUGCCAAAUGUAGUUGGAAUCAAUGUGUACUGGAUAUCUAAAGAACCCCAGCUUGAUGACAAUGUUUCAAAAGUUCUUCAAGAAAAUGCCCCACUUCUUCGCCAUGAGUUAAGCCAACUUCGGGUCUUGGGACAUGUACCUCGUAUAACAUUUGUUAAAGAUGAAAAAUUCUAUAAGUUGGCAGAAGUAGAAAAGCGCUUAUCACUUGCCGACUUUGGAGAAGGCUUUGAACCCACAGAUGCCACACAUUAUGUAAAAUCUGCUCUUACAGUCACAACAUUGCUGAAUGAAAAUUUAAAGGAUGCCAUAGCCAAGAUAGAGAUGGAAGCUGAGGAAUCAGGAAGAGCAGUGUGUGAUAACUCACAGGCUGAGGGGCUGCCGUCAGAUUUACCACAAAUGAGAAAUGACGUGUUUGGCAUUGACGUUGACAAAAUCUACGCCAUGGUACAGCAGGGAAUGGUGAGGGCUGAAGCUGCCCAUAGAAAAGAACUGGAACAGGAGAGCAGAGGCACAAUAGCUGAAGACAGUCAGAAUAAUCUUGUCUCAAGAAUGGCGGAAAUUAGACGCUGGGCCACCCAUUACAGAGAUUUGAAGAAGAAAGAGCGAAGAAGUCAGAAUAAAGAACAAAACAUUCUCAGCGUUCCACCUAAAUAUAUAUCAAAAGAAAUAGAAGACAUACAAUACAUUGAAGAAAAUGAUUAUAUUGAAGAGGACUUUGAUAUGAAUGAUUUUAAAUAUGCUGACUUUGAAAGGAAGUGAUGUAGAUUCAUAAAAGAUAUAUGAUAAUAAUAAUAAUAGUGAAUGAUACAAACUUCAAAGUCUCUUGAAUACUUUUAUGUAGAUAUGAGGAUUAUCUCCAGAUAUUAUAUUUAUUGUAAAUACAUAAUAAAAUCACAUAGUACACAGUUUUGACAUUUUACUCAGUUCCCUGUUGUCUUCGACGCUAUGGAGAGAUUGUUAGAAUACUGAAAAGCUCAAUGAAAAUGCCUACCACUAACAGAGAAGAUUAAAGUGCAUCAUACAAUAUAUAUUUCUUCUUAAUAAUUUUUUUUUUUUUUUUCUUUUUUUGAGUGUGUGGUUCCUAAUUUGGGAUGAUUUGAUGGGCAUUUGAUUAGUUGUACUUGCACUUUCUGCUAGGGAGAUGCACUUGCUGAAAAGAUAUGCUCUCCCUCAGCGUGUUGACUGUCUACUUUUAACUCUUGGAAUGCAAGAACUUGAGAUAAUUGAUCACUUUAGCCUGAGUAAUUUUUCCCCUUUUCUGCAAGAGAAUAUUCAGAAGUUUCAAGGUUAAUUGAUAAAACACUUUUAAUAUUCAUAGAGCAAAGAUGCCAUUUUUUCGACCGCAAAUCACACCUCAUGUGCAUCCUGAUUAAUACCAUCACUUUCUUAGUGCUCAGAAGUGACCAGAAAUUUUUAAAAAGCUGGAAAAUGCCAGGUAAGACUUGAUAUAAUGCCUGAUUCUUAACAACCAAGGAAGAUGGGUUUUGGUAAAAGAAUGGAAAACCACAUGGGUCUAGGUCUUCAAUGCCUUUACUUAUGAUAGACAAAGAAAACACUCCACACAACACCCACGUAAUAUGCAGCGAGGUGUUGUAUGCCAAUCUUACAAGGCUUUAAACAAGGUUGAAGAGUUCAGAUAUUAAUGUCAUGAGCAGUUGUUAAUACUAUGUAACGUUAAUAUCACCCCCAAUCCUUUGCUCGUCGUUGUGGGAGGGCUUAGGAGUCAGAGACAGGCCCAAUGUAGCGUAUCACCCCUACAUUGGACCACAGCCCUCAUCUCAACUAAUUUUGCAAGGGCUUUUUUUAUUCUCUUCUGCAUCCCCUUCUUUAUGGAAUCUUCCUGAAAUGCCCUCUUCUGUGGAUUUUUUCUCUCACUAUUUUCCCUUUGUUAAUAAUGUUUGAAAUUUAUGUUACUUUUUCUUAGAGAUGUAUCCAUAUUUACCCUGGAUCUUUUACCUCCCUCCCCUCACAUUAUGUUAAUCUCAUAAAAGGGGAUACAACUUUCUCAGAACUAGCUUAUCUUUCCUUAUAUAACUAUGAAAAAUUCCUGGGAAAUAUAUUAAAUGACAAACACACUUAAUUAACCAGUUAAAGUUACAAAUCAUAUCUCAAGAAAAAAAAAAAAAAA